AUGGACCUUGAAAUGUUCUUGAACAGAUUCGCCCUGCUCACUCUCGAGGAUCCACAAAACACAACCGAAGCAGAUAGUGUCCCCCGAAUCGCAAAAGAUCGCCAAGGGAGGAACAAAGUGACUCUUUCUCGGACAUAUGUUCUUCAAAGCAUUGUGCUUAUUGCGGGAUCUACAAAACAUGCGCGCAUCAACCCCCACACCUGGACAGAAUAUAGGGACAAGAAGAUUGACCCCGUGGAUGCUGCUGUUGUGACCGACAAUGCCGCGAAGCUUGCGCGAGAUCUUGUGCUGGAGGUUGGACCACUCUUGAUUCCCAUGUGA